GUGUCUUGUUGGCAGUGGGUCUUCAGGAGAUGUGCGCAUGCGCCGUGCUUCAUGUCGCAACACAGACACAGAUCGACUGCAUUCGUCAUCUGGAGAAAACAGACAUUUCUGUCACAUCCGACACAAACUGAGACAUAUGAGCUGUGGAUUAUUGCGGUCACACACGGAUCACAGUUAAGGAAGUUCGGGAAACAGCCCAGUAAAUAAUACUGCGAUCGAGCUUUUUUGUCACGUGGUCAAGCCUGACCAAUCGGAGCGAUCCAAAUCCAGCGGAAAGUAUGUCCUUUGUUCGGAUAUUUGAUCAACUUUAUCUUCAAAUGUGAGCCUAUUUCUGUGUAUAUAUCACAGGAUAUGGAUAUGGAGGUGGUGUUUUCAUGAGAAUGGACGCGCUUUGGAUAUAUUUUAUUGCGUUUUUUGUGGAAUGCCACGUGUUCAAGUUUGAUGAACAGGCUUAUUUCAUCACAUGACUCCCCUCCCCCACCCAGCGCAGGGCAUGGGGGAAGAAGGCGGACAUGUUUGAGGGAAAUGUGUUGGUUAAAAAGUAUCGAGGUGGAAGACAAGAAGAUUAUUUGAAGAAAGGUUUCGCAUUACUUUGAUUGGAUUUACCAUUCGACAUUUGUGGUCAUUUAAGCUCGAGACUUUGAUGUCAUACUUUGAAAAUAUUUAUUUUUGUUUUGGGUACUUUAAUUGCCCUUUCUUAAAAUAAUACAUUUUUGUCUAAUUUUCAUUUUUUCACAAGGUUAGACUUUCAAAAUUUUAGUAAUAUUUAAUGUUGUGAAGAUGUAGCUUUACUAAACAUGGUUUAUUUGAGUGACAUUGUAGGGAAUUUGUAACCUUGGUGUGGGGGAUGGGUGCCAUUGGUUAGGUAAUCAUUUUGUGUGCUUGCUGAGUUUCGGUCUCGGUUUUAAAAGAGGUUUUGUUAAGGUUGAUUCGGUUGGUGAUGUUGCUAGCUUGUGUUUUAAAGAUAUAUUUUGGAUUGAAUCUGUUUUGUAGCCAUACAAAGGUCAGGUUGGUACUUGUAUUUUAAAUUGUAAUAUUUUAUUUUACUAUAUUUUGCUAUAUUUGUUAAUGUAAUUUUGUAGUUAUUUAGAUUGGACCUUUGCUUUUGAUCAAAUGUAGUCUGAAGUUACUGAAGAAAACUGCUGUGUCAUUCAGUGGAUAGUUGGCAGCUCCUGUGGCUCUUCUAGGUGUGGUCUUUUUAAGUGGCUAUUGCUGGGUGUUAUUGUACGUUAAACUAAAUGUGACCUACAGCAUCACCGUUUUAUGUUUAGUUAAAUGGAAGCUUUGUGUGCCCUUUGACAACUUUACAGGCAGUGGGCCACGAGGGCCUCGUUUGUCUGCCUUUGUUUUCAAAAUGGUGGUCUCUUCCUGCAGCAGUUUAUGGAUAAUCAUUUCACUGUGGGUUUGUCAGCGAAAUAUGAGGCGUUGUGAAUGUUGUGCUCGAUGUUUUGGCUUGUUUGUUGUUAAUUAUUCGGUUAUAAUGGACUAUCUGUCGUCGCUUAAAGAUGGCGAUCGUACGCCUCUUGUGAAAGGCAGAAAUGCGGAUAUUCUGGUAAGCUGAGAGCGCGUGGGGAGAGGCUCUUGUCUCUUCUGGGGUCCGCGUGACUGAGUGGAAGAACCAAUCGGCUUCCUGGUAUUUACACUGGAAGCCCGCGUUGAAGCGGUUUAGACCAAUAGACGUCGUCGCCUUGCACACGUUGACGUAAUGUAAUAUGAUAAGGAGCUGGGUGGCUUCGUUGCCCUCGCUUUUUGUGGGGAAUUAUAUGGCGGCACCAGUUACAGGCAGCAUAUCUAUAAUACAGGAGCGGCAGGACCAAUAAUAUUCUGCAGUUUCCUUGACGGACAGAAAGAAUAUGCGAAUAGGUUGGUCCGAAAGACGGGCGGUGGAAUUUCUGUGUCUAGGGGUGUAGCAAGAUUGACAGACAUCAUGAACAGCCAAUAGAAACUAGAAAGGCGGGGACUUUCCGAGGUCGCCCAUCCAAUAAGGUGAGAGACUGGUCUAUAAAAAGCCGGGUGUAGUCGCAUCGUCGCCAUUUCAACGAAGCAGAGUGGAAGGAGUUUGCUGUGGUGGGGAGCGGAGACAUCUGACCCAACAGAGACGGAUCCUGGUUUGAGUCUAGCUAAAAACAGAAUCCGGAUCCAUCCUGAUGGAUAUGGCUGUUAACCCGCCCCUUGACAGCUCCCAUGUCGGGGUUGACAUUGGUAUGUUGGGAGUCACAAUGGACCACGGCUCUGGCGCGGCUGGAAAACGCAUCCGUAAACCGUCACUGCUGUAUGAGGGCUUUGAGAGUCCUGGGUUGCCACCUCUGACUCAGUUGGUUCCUUCGGGACCCCCACAGCCCCCAGUGAAAGACCCCAGCCGGCAGGGGAGGAUGACCAACCAACUUCAGUUCCUGCAGAAAGUCCUGCUCAAGUCGUUGUGGAGGCACCACUUCGCCUGGCCCUUCCAUGAACCCGUAGAUGCUGCCAAGCUCAGCCUGCCUGACUACCAUAAGAUCAUCAAAAACCCCAUGGACAUGGGCACUAUCAAAAAGAGAUUAGAAAAUAACUACUACCGCAGUGCCAGUGAGUGCAUGCAGGACUUCAACACCAUGUUUACCAACUGCUACAUUUAUAACAAGCCCACAGAUGACAUCGUAUUGAUGGCUCAGUCGCUGGAGAAGGCGUUCCUGCAGAAAGUGGCUCAGAUGCCUCAGGAUGAGUUAGAACUGCCCCCUCCCCCUCCACGGAGCAAAACAGUCAAAUCUGGCAGAAAAGGCAGAAGUAAUACAGUCUCUGGAGGAAUCACAACAGCUCAUCAAGUCCCAGCUGUGUCCCAGUCAGUGUACUCUCCUCCUACCCCAGAGACACCAGACUCCAUCCUCUCUACCCCUCCACAGACUCUUUUGACCAAGAGCCUGCCCCUUACACUUACACCUGAACAGAGCAUCCCCACUAUUACGGGUCUGCCUCCCACCCAGCCCACUGCUAAGAAAAAAGGUGUGAAGCGGAAAGCAGACACAACCACCCCAACCACUGUAGCCAUGCCCAUUAUGAGCACUAUGGGUGUCAGUGGCAUCAGCCUGGGGAUGGGAGGUGGGCACGACUCCCCGCUCACCCUCACGUCUCUCGGGGUGGACCACAGCUCCAGUAUGGGGAUGAACCCAGGCCUCACCCUGGGCCAGGGUAUGGGCUUGGGGAUGGGGAUGGGGAUGGGGAUGGGUAUGAGCAUGGGGAUGGGCCGUGGAGCAAUGAUUGUGGGUACCAAAGCAACAGCGGCGAGCAGAAGAGGAGUGAGUGGACGACCCAUCAAGCCUCCUAAGAAGGAUUUACCAGAUUCCAUUCUGCCACCGCCGGUGCGCCGCAGCAAACUGAGUCCUCAGCUGCGCUACUGCAACGGAGUCCUGAAGGAGCUGCUGUCAAAGAAGCAUGCAGCGUACGCUUGGCCCUUUUACAAGCCUGUGGAUGCCACAACGCUCGGCCUCCAUGACUACCACGACAUCAUUAAGCAGCCCAUGGACCUCAGUACUAUCAAGCGGAAGAUGGACAGCAGAGAGUAUCGUGACUCCCAGCAGUUCUCCGCUGAUGUUAGACUGAUGUUCUCCAACUGCUAUAAGUACAACCCUCCAGACCAUGAUGUGGUGGCCAUGGCCAGAAAACUCCAGGACGUGUUUGAGUUCUGCUUUGCUAAGAUGCCAGAUGAGCCUCCAGCACCACCCAGCUCCUCAUCUUCCUCCUCCUCCUCUUCAUCCUCAUCUGAGAGCGAGCUGAGCAGUGAAAGUGAGGAGAGCGAGAGCAGCCCCAGCUCCGACUCAGAGGAGGAGAGGGCAAACCGUCUGGCAGAGCUGCAGGAACAGCUAAAAGCCGUACACGAGCAGCUCACGGCACUCUCCCAAGGCCCCAUUGUCAAACCUAAGAAAAAGAAAGAGAAGAAGGACAAGAAAAAGAAGAAAAAGGUAGAAAAGAAGCAUCGGAAGGUGGAGGAGGAACUACUGCCUGUUAAGCCGCCCAAGACCCCCAAAAUCACCAAGACUCCAAAACCUAAGAGCAACCGGGGAGUGAGCUGUCCGGUAAUGCCGAUAAAGAAAGCUCCGAGCAAGAAGAACAACAAGAGCAAAUCCAAAAAGGGCGGCAUGACGUUUAACGUGCCUCAGCCGGUCCACGAGCCCAUAGUGAGUCAUUUUGACUCUGAUGAAGAGGAGGAGACGGCACCAAUGUCCUAUGAUGAGAAGCGUCAGCUCAGCCUGGACAUCAACAAGCUGCCCGGUGAGAAGCUGGGCCGCGUCGUUUACAUCAUCCAGUCCCGCGAACCGUCGCUACGAGACACCAACCCCGAGGAGAUCGAGAUAGACUUUGAGACGCUGAAGCCGUCGACGCUGAGGGAGCUGGAGAGAUACGUCAUGACGUGUCUGAGGAAGAAACCUCGAAAGCCAUAUGCAAAUAAAAAGAACAGUGCUGGCAAGUCCCGGGAAGAACUCGCUCUGGAGAAACAGAUGGAGCUGGAGAGAAGGCUGAUGGACGUCAGCGGGCAACUCAACUCUGGAAAGAAGCCUCCCAAGACCAAACCAGAGAAACCUGCGACUGAAGCCCACACCCAGCCGUCACGCCUCAGCGCCAGUAGCUCCUCCUCAGACUCCUCCUCAUCCUCCUCAUCAUCCUCAUCCUCAGACACAAGCGACUCAGACUCUGGCUGAGCGUUGGACUGUUUCCUUACUAAAGGGUCAUGUGAGGAACCCUGGGAGUUUCUCUUCCCACUGAAUGGACUGAACUGUAGUAGAGCUGCUGACGACGGGGCUGCAGGGCGGAUCAGACGAGACCAGCACAAACUGGCCGACUCAACUUGUCAAACCAAGAAAGAGAGAGAUGGGGCUUUCCCUGUGCUCAGCUCAUCAUCCAGACCUGCACACAGAAAACCUGAGGAUGGAUGUGAACGGAGGAGACUCAGUGUGAAGUCCUGCUGCUCUGGAGAACCGGCCUGGAUGGGUGGAGCGAGGGACGCUCCAUCUCCUUUAGAUGCAGGAGAAGAUCAUACGUUGGAGGGAUAAGGGUGCUAGAGCCAGAAUCUGUCUCACUUCUGGAGAUAAUUUCCCUUCUUAGCGUGCUCCCUGUCUUUAUGCUGUAUAGAUAAGGUGUACAGUUAUAUAAAUAUCUAUUUUUCUUUUAUAAAGAAGCAUUUUAUGGAGCUAAUUUAUUCCCUCAUUCUGGGAACCAUCGAACUGGUGUGGGCAGAGAUGUGUUUUAGUUUAUGUUUAGUUUUUUUCUGGAGUGAUAAAGAGGGGAAGUGUGUGUGUGUGUGUGUGUGUGUGUGUGUGUGUGUGUGUGUGUGUGUGUGUGUGUGUGUGUGUGUGUGUGUGUGUGUGUGUGUGUGUGUGUGUGUGUGUGUGUGUGUGUGUGUGUGACGUAUGUGUUUGCAUGCACGUGUGUGAGUGUGAGAUCCGGCACCACAAGUGCAGCCUUGUGAAGUUCCUCAUUGUUUUGACGCAGGCGUUGAAAAUCUGUCUGCACACAGAAGCACCUUGGUUCAGUAGAAUACAGAAUGCAUGCAAUACAGAGGAGCUGACAGACAUCUGCAUACUCAUGUACGACCUCCCUGCAUCCCUGUGUCCUCAUGUACCGUCACAAAGGGUCGGCCACUGUACAGAAAUGUGACGUAGUUGCAGUUUGUACGUAAAUAUUUCUGUUGUCGGCUGUCUUUUUCAUCCAUUUCUCUGUAAACAUGUUGCUUUUUUUUCUUCUUGUGACCAAUCUGCUAAUAAAUUGUGAGGACGCGUCUCGUCCACUCACCCGUGCCCAAAUAACAUCCUGGUUCUUUGGAUUUCUUUUACUGUUUGACUUCAGUCUCAAAACAUUCAACUCCAAGUUACAAAGGAAAGGUUUUGCUGUUUAUGUUCAAUAUUUGACUCGCGUAGGAAACAUUUUGGGUUAAAUUCUCCACUUCUGGUGUCACAAAGCAAAACUGCUUUGUCUUUAAAACUAUUUGGCCUUUGAGAUCUGUGGCAGCUCAAAGUUUGAUUUUGUGUUUUAGCUGGGUUUUGUUAAGUUUACUUAUUUGUGUGAUUAGAGAUGUUAGUAACACCAGGGUGGGAGGUUCUUACCAGAUGCUGUUGGUGAGAUUUUCUCUCAACAGUUUGUUUUUAAAGAAAAUCGGUGGAAACAUGGAAGUGACUUACUGAGCUUUGGGAUCCAGUGAACAGAAGAUGGUUUAAUGUUGUGAGUAUUAAUGAUGCACUGUUUGUUUUGGUGGUACUACUAAACAAUCUUGUGAUUUCUAGGUAAGGUGUGUUUCUUUUGGUUUUUUAAAAUCGCCUGUGACUUGAGAGUGGACUAUUGUAUGUCUGCAACUGAUUAUUUAUUCAGGAGGAAUCUGAAAGGAGACGCUUUCCUCGAAAUCCUGAAAGGUUUUAAGUGGAAGUUUAUGGGAUAUGCACAGACUAACUGUCAGGAUUGUAGAAGUGUACAUAUUUUACAGUCUCGAUCUUUGAGCAUGUUUUUGUUUUUUCUUCGGUAACUUAGAUUUUUUUUGUCCUGCAAAGAUUUUUCUAAGACAAAAUCCUCCAGUUGUCGGUUUUACUCUUCUGAAGUUUGUCAGGAAUCUAAAUGCCUCUGUACUCCGUCAUUUCAUCUGAACAUCUGUACAUAAAUAAACAGACAUGUUCAUCUUU